AGCGCACUUGAGGGAACAAGUGACAUCGGGCAUGUAUCCGGUCUUCUGUUGUGUUUACUGCUUGACAUGAAUGGAUAGGUUAUGAAUUCGAUCAACGACUAAAAACAUAGUUCGUUAUUCUUCCAAAUCUAGAUUGGAAUCCAUAAUGUCUGACUCUCCGGGCACUCCUGUUGAAACGCCAGAAAAUGUGGAUACUGCAGAGGCCCCAGCAGAGAGUAUUCCACCAGAACCGAGCAGUCCAGCAAGCGUAGCAGACAGACCAAAUGAAACCAACAAACACAAAAUUGACAUUCUUCUGAAAGCCACAGGUAAUGCUCCAAUAAUGAAACAGAAAAAGUGGACUGUCGAAAAAGACAAGAAAAUUGGAUCAAUUAUAGAGUUUAUUAAAAAAUAUUUGAAGCUGGAGCCUUCAGAGAGCCUUUUUUUGUAUGUUAAUCAAGCUUUCGCCCCAGCACCUGAUCAGAUAGUACGAAAUUUAUAUGACUGCUAUGGCUCUGAUGGAAAAUUAGUUCUGCAUUAUUGCAAAAGUCAAGCUUGGGGCUGAAGUGAGGUUGGUCCUGAAGAAGCCCUCCCUGUGAUAUCUGUAAAGCCACAUUUCAAGAGCACUUUGAAAGAUUUUUUUUUUUUUAACAGAAUUUGACACUUUAAGAAAUUAAUAAUUAGAUUUGAAAACAUUGAACUAUUAUAUUGUGUUUACAGUAAAGUCGGGUCUUAUUUUAAGCUGUUAAAUGCCGCAUUAUUUUCUUACAAACUCAAAAAUGUCUGAGAAGUCCUUGUAUCCGAAGCUUUGAUUCAUAAUUGUCUACUUGUCAUAAUUUAAUCUUAAUGAUUGUCAAGUAUGCAUUGAUAGGCGAUCGUUAUAUAAUGAUCAGAAAAUGUUACCAAGAAGUUAUUCAAAGUUGAUUUGUUGAACACAAUCAGUUAAAUAUAGCUUCAAAAGUUCAUUUAA